AUGAAAAAGGGACAAGUGACGCCUGGAUUUACUGCCGAUGAGUUCGAACAACGAAGAUCGAACCUGAUGAAGACAUUACCUGAGGAUAGCGUAGUCAUAAGCUUAGGAUACGGCACUCGCUACAUGACAAACAACAUAUUCUAUCCGUUUCAUCAAAACACUGACUUUUGGUAUUUAUGUGGAUACAAUGAACCUGACGCUGCAUUGAUACUGGAAAAGAACAAUUCUAAAAAAGGAUAUAAACAAACCAUGUUUGUCUUGCCAAAGAACGCUCAUGCAGAAUUAUGGGAUGGACCACGCACAGGCAUUGAAGGCGCAAAGGAGAUAUUUGGAGCAGAUGAAGCCUAUGAGAAUACCAAAUUCAUAGCCUAUUUAAAAAAGGCCAUUGGAACAUACAAGCACGUCUUUAUGGACAGCCCUGGAAAUAUGCCUACAUUGAUCUCGGAUGAAUCCACAAAGAAACUAAUCGAGACUGGUCUCAAGAUUCAAAGUAUAUUGCCACUAAGCAAAAUAGUCCAAGAGCUGAGAAUGAUCAAGAGUCCAAGCGAGAUAGAAACAAUGAAACAGUCUGGGUUGAUCAGUUCAAAGGCAUUUGUAGAGGCAAUGAAGUGGACAAAGCCAGGAAUAACAGAAGCACAACUUUGGGCAAAGUUUGAUUAUGAGGUCAGGAUGAGAGGAUCAACCAUGUUGGCUUACGUCCCUGUGAUUGCUGGUGGACCCAAUGCUUUAUCCUUGCACUAUGUCCGAAACGAUAUGGAGCUGAAAGAUAAUGAUCUGGUACUAGUAGACUGUGGUGGUGAAUACAAUGGAUAUGCAAGUGACAUCACUCGUACAUGGCCCGUCAAUGGCAAGUUUACUGAACCUCAAAAGGAACUCUAUCAGGCUGUCUUGAAUGUCAAUAAAGCCUGUAUCAAGUUAUGCACUGAAGCAAAUAGUGUCUCUCUUCAUGGUAUCCACUCACAAUCUGUCAAAUUGAUGAAAGAAGAACUUCAAAAAAUAGGAUUUAAUGUGACAGGAUGGGAUCUCGAACGAAUACUCUAUCCUCAUCAUGUCGGACAUUACCUUGGCUUGGACGUACAUGAUUUACAUGAUUUAGAUAGAUCGCGUAAAUUGAAGCAGAAUAUGGUUAUUACCAUUGAACCAGGUAUCUAUGUUCCAUAUGACAGCAAGUUCCCAAGUAAAUAUCAUGGUAUUGGCAUACGUAUUGAAGAUAAUGUUGUGAUUGGAAAAGAAGAACCUUAUGUGUUAAGUUCGAAUACACCCAAGGAAAUAGUCGAUAUAGAAUUUUGUUGCAAUAACCAUUAA